GUCUCUCUACCAUCAUGGAAGACCAUACCUAGUUCUUCUCUUUCUCUGUCCACAAUUAAAUUCGUUGGAUUCUAUCCUGCAGCGUUCUCGCGCACAAAUUACCUGUUUCUUCUGUAACGUGAUUUCAGGUUUUGACCUGAGACAAGGAGUUGUCAAUACUCUCCAAUAACAUUGAGAAACUUCACUAGAUGGAGAUGUGCCUGCUGUGAUUAGUAUAGUACAAUUCUGACUUCACUGAUGAUUUCAUGUGUUUGUGUUGCUGACAAGAAAUGUUGCAGAAAUAUGUGUUACAAAAUCUGGACCUGUGGUGUGCCUCCCUAUCCCUUGCACUUAGUGGCAUCAGACAAACAACAAAAAGACCACAAACUGACCCUUUGCUUUUUGCAUUUGUUAUAGAAAGCAACAAUGGACUCAGACCUACAGGGUUUUUCCCCAAGUUUUCCCAAGUAUCAUCCAUAUUACCCUCUGACCAUGGAGUGUGGAGGCCUAAUCGAUUUAGGUCUCAGCCUGAGAACCAUACAAAAUGAGACUUACCUCACAUCUGGCCACAAACAUUGUAGUAACGAAGGAGACAGACGGAAGUGGGGUUAUGUAAAGGUCACUAUGGAUGGGUUUGUGGUAGGUCGCAAGGUUUGUGUUCUUGAUCAUGGAGGCUAUUCAACUCUUGCUCAUCAGCUCGAGGACAUGUUCGGGACGCAGAGUGUGUCGGGACUGAAGUUGUUUCAGAUGGAGUCUGAGUUCUCUUUGGUCUUCAGAGACGAAGAAGGUAUCUGGAGGAAUGCUGUCGAUGUUCCAUGGAAGGAGUUCGUAGAAAGCGUAGAGCGGCUGAGAAUCACAAGAAGAAACGAUGUUAUACUUCCCUUUUGAAGCUUCUCCUGUCUCUCUUCACUCAUUGUUCUAAUUUCCAAGUCAGCUCUGAUCUUUGAUUCUUGAAUCGGAAACCAAAAAAAAAAAAAAA